CAAAUGGCUACUUUGCAUAAAUUCACGCCAUGCCAUAGCUGCGUGAUACUAAAUUUAAAUAGUUGUCAUUCCGAUUUGGUCUCAAAGAGUGUGGAUUCCGUAUGCAUUUCGUUUAGGUUGUGCAACUUUUUACUGUAUCAUCUGAGAUUUGAAAGAAUCAACGUUUUCCUGGCAAAUUUAGAAUAUGCAGUGUUGAUCAUGACUGAGACAGUAAAAUGACUUGGAUAUAGGGUCAGUUAGCUGUCAGUUUACAUGAGGAGAUAAGAUCGCGCAAUCAGCAAAUAUCUAGUCAUCGCAAAGCAAAUUUCUUGAGCAAAUUCAGCUCUAGCGUCCCCUUUUAGAGAUAAACUGCAAUGUGCCAUUAAAAAUCCAUGAAUAUGGAGGGAAAUGAAGUGCAAAAAAAUUAAAUUAAAACUGAAUGGAGACGUGAAAUGUAAUUGAAUAUCCCCUCAGGCAAAUUAGACUUCUAUUUUUUUUUUUUCUUCGUUCCAGUUCGACUUCAAGGUGCGUAAACCAGGAAAUGGUCUAGAUAUGUUGUAAUAUUGGCAUACAGUUAUCUUCCAUAGCGAUCUAUCAAAUAAAACAUGCCAUUCUUGGAAUUUCAAUGGCCGUUGACGUGCGAUUUUCACAUAAUCCAACAAUUAUUUUAUUGCCGCAAUAUAGUCACGCCCAAGGUUACAAGUGACGUCAGCCAGGAUUUGUCACGUGAUCCUCGACUACCACAUUUAUAAAAACAAUCAUUCACACGAUGUGGAGUUUAGUACGAUUAUUUUGUCUGAGUGUAACAGUGACAUUCGCCGGUAUUCUUGCUGGUAAAUUCCACCAGUGUUCGAAUCCCUUACUUAGAGGAAAAUGGAUGUCUUCAACCUAAAUCGAAACAUCCAGUUAACCAGGAUAAAGAAUUUUCUACUGGACAACGUAGGAUAUCAAGAAUUUCUAUCGCAAUGUUCAACGGUUGUAAAUCCAGUGCAGCCUUCUGGCAUCGAUUCUCCAGCGGAGGGCUCUUCACAAAUGGCUGCCCUGCAAAGACUACCAAACUAUCUUCAAGAAGAAAGUACAGAAAAUAGGGCAGCAAGCAACAAGCAUAGUGCAAGAAAAAGAAAUCGAGGCCCAAAACCAAAGAAAAUGUAUGACGGCAACGGUCCAAUUCAGCUGUGGCAACUUAUUUUGUCGGAGCUCAUUUCGUCAUCAUCAGAGCCCCUUGUGGAAUGGACUAAGAAAGAGAAGUACGAAUUUCGCAUUUUGCAGCCUGAUAAACUGGCGGCCCUGUGGGGAGAGCAGAAGAAAAAGACUAAUAUGAAUUUUGCAAAGCUUGCGCGAGGUUUGAGGUAUUACUACGGAAAGUCCAUUUUGGAGAAGGUUCGUGGCCAACAGUUUACAUAUCAGUUUGUUAUGGACAUUGACGCCAUUCUCGCGAACGAUUCUGAUGGCGAAGCUUCUGAAGGUGGAGGCAGGGGCACGCCCGAUGUUUACUGUGAAGCACCGAGAACUUUCAAGCAAGGGAAGGGGUGUGGCGAAACAGAGACACAAGUCACUGACACAGGGGUGGGUAGAUAUGGGGGUGUAUGGGAGGACCUAGGAUGCCCUGUAGAGGCAUUGAGGGACACAGGGGGUGCUGAACAGGGAAUUGUUAACAUUGAGGGAAUUGUGCAGAAUGCAGGAGAAACAUUUGAUUGUACAAGGGAAGAUUUUAGGCUCCCUAUGGGGAUAUCAUGGGACACUGGGGGAGAAAGGGAGGGUGCUCUAGGCACAAAGGAGGUAGAUAGGAACUUAGGGGAAGCUUUUGAGGACACAGGGAAAGGGAAGUUGAGAAAAUUUUGGGGCCAUGAGAAUACCGGGAUGGGAUGUGAUAUCACAGAGAGAGAUUUUGGAAUUGUACCAGUGGGACUUGAAGGCAUCUCUGAGGGGUGCGGGAUCAUUAAAGGGGGACUGGGGGAGAUAAAGUCAUUCGAUUUAAGUGUUCUUGUUGAAUCCAAUGACACAAGUAGCUUCUAUGAAGCAUUAUAAGUAUGUCUUGUAUCAAGCAUAGUUUACUUUCUGUUCCUACUUACCUCUUGUUUCAAGAGACUAUUUAAUUACUAAAUUAUAGACAUGUGUCUUUGGUUAACUCUUAAAGAGUUAGAGUAGCAUUUGUUGCAUCUCCAUAAACAUCAUAUUACCAGAACCAAUAUUAAAUUAUCUCAGUUUGCAAAAAUGUUCUUUCAAUAGUCUAAAUGCCAGGAAAAUUUGUUUUCUACACCAAGAAGUUAAAAAAAAUGAACAAGUACUGACAAAUCUUGUUUGUCACACGUUAGAUCUCUUUAAAUUUCUAUCUGUCUUAAGGCAAAUAGCUUUUUUAAUUCACUUAGAGAAAGAAAAAUCGCCAUUUCAUAUUUGUACAUUUAAAAUUUACAGGAAUAUUUUAUAUUCAAUAUGUAAAUAUGUACAUAUUUUAUUUAUAUUGCUACAAAGUGGUGGGCUCUAAAUUUUGUGUGUAAUGUCAAAUUGUGCCUAAUCAUUUGAAUGCAAAAAGGAAACUUAGAUACAGGAAAAAUAUUGAUUUAUUGAAUCAGUCUUAUGAAAAACAACCAAACAAGUUUGAAUAAGGUAAUUUAGCAAUCAUAAGUCUUAAUGAGCUUUCUUUCCUCUUUAAUGUGAUCCAUGCAUAAAUUUUAUUGCUUCUGACUUUAGGUAUUAGAGUUCAAUCUAAAUCAAGCAUUUUCAAUGAAAUUUUUGUAUGUGCACAAUAAUUGUUCUUAGAUACUUAUAAGAUCUAUACUUAUUGCUUAUUGUAAAUGGUAAAAGAUGCAAUUAAAGAAAUUUUAAUUUGUUGUUUUAUA